GUUCAGAUAUGAGCUUUGUGACUUUUCAUUUCCAGUAUUUGACCCAAAACAACGGGUCAUUUAAUCCAAGUGAAACAGUUUGCGGAAUUCAGGUUUUAUUUUAUGGGUUGGCAUACGUGAUUAGUAUUGCGUGUGUGUAAUGCUGUGUGAGUGAGUCGUGUUGAACUGAAGAUUAUUGUAACAAAAUUAGUGCUUGUUGAUACGUGAAGUAUUUUAAAUCGGAAUCUACUAUAUUUAAAGCCGAUUCUUACGUUCGUUUUGUUUUGUGGUGUUGCACAUACUUAUAUCCAGUAGCUAAGAAUAGUAAUUUCAACCCUAACCUCAUUCGUCAUUAAAUAUAAGGAUGGUGAUUUGCUCUGCAGGUUGUGGUAAAAAUGCAGUUUUGAAGAGGCCCAAAACUGGAGACGCUCUAUGUAAAGAAUGUUUCUUUUGGGCAUUCGAGACAGAAAUUCACAAUACAAUUAUUAGUGGUUCAUUAUUUAAGUGUGGGGAUCUAGUUGCUGUAGCAGCAUCUGGUGGAAAGGACUCGACGGUUCUAGCAUAUGUGCUAAAGCUACUUAACAAACGUCAUGAUUACGGACUGAAAUUUGUGUUGCUGUCUGUAGAUGAAGGUAUUACAGGUUAUCGUGAUGACAGUCUGGAAACAGUGAAGCAAAACCGAGAUGAAUAUGAGAUGCCUUUAAAGAUAUUGUCUUAUGAAGAACUUUAUGGAUGGACUAUGGAUGCCAUCGUGAAGCAGAUUGGACGCAAAAACAAUUGUACAUUCUGUGGUGUAUUCAGACGGCAAGCAUUAGAUCGUGGUGCAGCAUUGCUUGGUGUGGACUGCGUAGCAACAGGUCAUAAUGCAGAUGAUUUGGCCGAGACUGUUCUGAUGAAUAUUCUGAGAGGGGACAUUGCAAGACUGCAGCGCUGCACAGCUAUUGUUACAGCAAGCGAAGGAGCUAUUCCUCGUUGUAAACCUCUCAAAUACACAUAUGAGAAGGAGAUUGUAAUGUAUGCGUACUUUAAGCGGUUGCAUUACUUCUCCACUGAGUGUGUUUUUGCACCAAAUGCGUAUCGUGGUCAUGCUAGGGCCUUCCUUAAGGACCUCGAGAAAAUAAGGCCAACGGCUAUCAUGGAUAUUAUUCAUUCAGGUGAGAGCUUAUCAGUGCGUGAGGGAGUACAUCUUCCUGAAAGGGGAACGUGCUCUCGAUGUGGCUUUGUCUCCAGCCAGAAAUUAUGCAAAGCUUGUGUUUUGCUAGAUGGACUUAAUAGAGGAUUACCACGCCUGGGCAUUGGUAAAACAAGCAAAGUAAACAAAGCAAUCAUAGAAUCAAACAAAGAAAAAUCAAGGAGUGCUGAAGAGUUCUAAUACCUGGAAGAGUUCCUGCAUGUGCUUUAUGUAUAAAUUUACAGUCCGUGAGUAAAUAUCCCAUAUAUUUUUAUAGUCUCGCGUUUCAAGUUGACACACACGUGCAUCAUCAAUAAGAGCAUUACUUAAUUACAUAAAAACAUUUUCCAGAAAAGCUGUGUAGUAAAAACCAAAUCUGUUCUGUUAUAAGAAUCUCGAUGUAAAUGCCACUGUAGUAAGAAUAAACCGAACUACAGUGUCAACCGGUUCUGACAGGCAACCCUGCUGAGACUCAUAACGAGCACCAGAGGAGAGGAGCCAUAUUACGCACGUGCGUUACAAGACAGUAAAAGUGUUAAAAGCUGUAUACCAGCAACGAACCUCAAAUCUGACUUAUUAUUGUCUUGUAGCUCUACUAGGUUGUAAGCAAUUAUACUCUGUUGUUUAUUCUCGUUACAUAUGGGGAGGACUGUACUGUACAUUUAAUUCAGAUUCUGUCAGUAUAACCCCUAAUUCUCUCAAGAACGGCUCGCUAUGUAGAAAGCUGGAGGAAAAAUACAAUAGACUUGCCAGAUUAGUCGAGGGGGAGAGGUCAGACUAAGACAGGUACCCUGGUCCUCCAGGUUGGGGGUUGGUCGCAAGGCUAACAACCUUGCACCGUAAAAAGGAAGAUGUUUCGAAACCUCAAUCAAAGCCUCGGACAGAAUGGAUCUAACAAUAGGACCAAAUGGAAGAGGAGAAUUGAGGAGGCCAUGGACCGAACUUGGACCGGAGAGCCAUAGAAGAAGAAGAAGAAAUUGGUCAACAUUACAGAACUGUCUUACUACUCCAUUUUUAAUACCUUACAUAUUUAUGAAGUUGAACUCCUUUGUACUUAAAUACCAUAUUAGGUUGGUACAUUGUAGUAAUGGGUAAUUCAGAAUAGCAGUGUUCUGUGUUUUUUAAUCAUGGGAUUUGUUGUCCACAGCAGAGAAUAAAGAUUAAAGUAAACAA